CUGUAACACUACUUCACAUAACCUAGUUACGCCUCUCGUUCAUUUCAUCUUUCUUCCCAAAUCUCCGCUUCUUCUUUCUUUGAUCCACAUUCAUCUCUUCUUCCUAGCUACCACCGUAGCUGAACACCAUAAUGGCCGGCAAGGGAGAAGGUCCGGCUAUCGGAAUCGAUCUCGGAACCACCUACUCUUGCGUUGGUGUCUGGCAACAUGACCGUGUUGAGAUCAUUGCCAAUGACCAGGGUAACAGGACUACUCCUUCCUAUGUUGGAUUCACCGACACCGAGCGUUUGAUUGGUAAUGCUGCUAAGAACCAGGUCGCCAUGAACCCGAUAAACACUGUCUUUGACGCGAAGAGGUUGAUCGGAAGAAGAUUCAGUGACUCUUCAGUCCAGAGCGACAUCAAGUUGUGGCCUUUCAAGGUCAUCCCUGGCCCUGGUGACAAGCCCAUGAUUGAGGUUAACUACAAGGGUGAAGAGAAGCAGUUCGCUGCUGAAGAAAUCUCUUCCAUGGUUCUCAUUAAGAUGCGUGAGAUUGCUGAAGCUUACCUUGGUUUCAACGUGAAGAAUGCCGUGGUCACCGUUCCUGCUUAUUUCAACGACUCCCAACGUCAGGCCACCAAGGAUGCUGGUGUUAUUGCUGGUCUCAAUGUCAUGAGAAUCAUCAAUGAGCCCACGGCUGCUGCCAUUGCCUAUGGUCUUGACAAGAAGGCAACCAGUGUUGGGGAAAAGAACGUUUUGAUUUUCGAUCUUGGAGGUGGUACUUUUGAUGUCUCUCUUCUCACCAUUGAAGAGGGUAUCUUUGAGGUGAAGGCCACUGCUGGAGAUACUCACCUUGGUGGUGAAGAUUUCGACAAUAGAUUGGUCAACCACUUUGUCCAGGAAUUCAAGAGGAAGCACAAGAAGGACAUUAGUGGCAACCCAAGGGCUCUCAGAAGGUUGAGAACCUCGUGUGAGAGGGCUAAGAGGACUCUCUCAUCCACUGCUCAGACCACCAUUGAGAUUGACUCCUUGUAUGAAGGAAUCGACUUCUACUCUACCAUCACUCGUGCCAGAUUCGAGGAAUUGAACAUGGAUCUUUUCAGAAAGUGUAUGGAACCCGUCGAGAAGUGUUUGCGGGAUGCAAAGAUGGACAAGAGCACCGUCCACGAUGUUGUUCUUGUCGGUGGAUCCACUAGGAUCCCCAAGGUCCAACAGUUACUGCAGGAUUUCUUCAAUGGCAAGGAGCUUUGCAAGAGCAUUAACCCCGAUGAAGCUGUUGCCUAUGGUGCCGCAGUUCAAGCUGCCAUCUUGAGCGGUGAAGGCAAUGAGAAAGUUCAAGAUCUUCUUUUGUUGGAUGUUACCCCACUCUCGCUUGGCUUGGAAACCGCCGGUGGUGUCAUGACUGUCUUGAUUCCAAGAAACACCACAAUUCCCACGAAGAAGGAGCAGGUAUUCUCUACCUACUCCGACAACCAGCCUGGUGUGUUGAUCCAAGUAUACGAAGGAGAAAGAACAAGAACCCGCGACAACAAUUUGCUUGGAAAAUUCGAGCUCUCCGGCAUCCCUCCAGCUCCCAGAGGUGUACCUCAAAUCACAGUGUGUUUCGAUAUCGAUGCCAACGGUAUCUUGAACGUGUCUGCGGAAGACAAGACCACCGGCCAAAAGAACAAGAUCACAAUCACCAACGACAAGGGAAGACUCUCAAAGGAGGAGAUCGAGAAAAUGGUUCAAGAGGCAGAGAAGUACAAGUCGGAGGAUGAAGAGCACAAGAAGAAGGUAGAAGCCAAAAACGCCUUGGAGAACUACGCAUACAACAUGAGGAACACAGUGAACGACGAGAAGAUCGGCGCCAAGCUAUCCCCAGCUGACAAGAAGAAGAUCGAAGAUGCCAUCGAGCAGUCCAUCCAGUGGCUUGACGCCAACCAGCUGGCUGAAGCCGAUGAGUUCGAAGACAAGAUGAAGGAGUUGGAGAGCAUCUGCAACCCAAUCAUCGCCAAGAUGUACCAAGGCGCUGGAGCUGAUAUGGGCGGCGCUGAUGACGACAGCAUCCCGACCGGCGCUAGCGGAGGUAGCGGUGCUGGUCCCAAGAUCGAGGAAGUCGACUAAGCGAGUUCGACUGUCCAAGAAGUAUUUGCAAUGUCGGGUCGUAUCGCACUUUUUUGUCAUUUUGGAACCGUGGAAUUUUGAAUUAUGGCCCAACGAGUGUAAGCCACCGUUUUUUUUUGGUCUCCCACUCUCUGUUAUAAAAGUUUCGUUGAAGACAUUUUAGUGAGCGGUGGAAAUUACUUGUAAGCCACAAAACUCCCUCAGCUUACUUUUGCAGAUGUAAAAUUAUUAUGAGGACUUUUACUAAAGAGAUCGUUUUGGGUUCUUCUA